AUGCCAGACGGAUCACCGUUACCCACUGACAUAUCAGGAAACUACGUUACUGAUGAAGGCACCAUUAUCGAGAAGGAUGAUGAAGGAAGACCACUAGGACCUGAUGGACAAGUACUUCCAACUGAUGAAUCAGGCUACUACAUCUAUCCUGUUGUUGGUCCAGACGGAAGUCCUCUUCCCACAGAUAUGCACAGACGGCCGAUUUACCCAGUGGUCGGUAAAGAUGGAAAACCGCUGCCAACAGACGAUUCUGGAGCAUACGUCGGUCCUGAUGGACAACCAAUACCAACCGAUUCCAGCGGAAAACCUCUGGGAAAAGAUGGUUCCCCGCUUCCAACGGAUGCAUCGGGCAACUACGUUACUGUUCCGCUUGAAGAGGCCAUCAGUAAACAGCUGCCAACCGAUGAAAGCGGAAAUGUGAUCUACCCAGUCACGAAACCUGAUGGCUCACCGUUACCGACAGAUACUUCUGGACGUUACGUCACUGAUGAGGGUACUAUUAUUGAAAAAGACAGAAGUGGGAGACCACUAGGACCUGAUGGACAAGUACUUCCUACCGAUGAAUCCGGCUACUACAUUUAUCCUGCUGUUGGUCCUGAUGGAAGUCCGCUCCCGACAGAUAUGCACAAACGGCCGAUUUAUCCAAUCGUAGGAAAAGAUGGAAGCCCACUGCCAACAGACGAUUCUGGAGCUUACAUCAGCCCUGAUGGACGACCAAUUCCAACUGAUUCAAGUGGCAAGCCGUUAGGAGAAGAUGGUUCCCCGCUUCCAACGGAUGCAUCGGGCAACUACGUGGUUGUUCCAGGUGAAGAAGCAGUAAGCAAGGAACUACCGACAGACGAAAGUGGAAAUGUGAUAUAUCCUAUCACAAUGCCAGACGGAUCACCGUUACCCACUGACAUAUCAGGAAACUACGUUACUGAUGAAGGCACCAUUAUCGAGAAGGAUGAUGAAGGAAGACCACUAGGACCUGAUGGACAAGUACUUCCAACUGAUGAAUCAGGCUACUACAUCUAUCCUGUUGUUGGUCCUGAUGGAAGUCCUCUCCCGACAGAUAUGCACAAACGGCCGAUUUAUCCAAUCGUAGGAAAAGAUGGAAGCCCACUGCCAACAGACGAUUCUGGAGCAUACGUCGGUCCCUGA